UUGAACUGGGUGAAUUUUCUUGGGAUGAAUCAAGGCAAAUGGUCACAGGACCUGAUGAUGUUUGGGAUGCUUAUACCAAGGAGAACCCAGAUGGAACAUCAUUCAGAACAAAAACAAUGCCAAAUUAUAAUGAUUUAUGCUUGGUUUAUGGAAAUUUGACUUCUGAAGGAAGAUGGAACCAAUCAGAUCCAUAUGUGGGCUUCAAUGGUGAUGGAAGGGAUUUUCAAGCAUCCCAAAAUGGCAGUUGUUUGAGGUCUGGUUGGACAGCACCUAUGGACCGAUAUUUUAUCGAUUUAAUGCUAGAGCAGAUCCGUAAAGGGAAUAUGAUUGAUCAAAAUUUCAACAAACAAGCUUGGGGUGAUAUGGUGGUGAAGUUUGUUGCAAAAUUUGGGUCUAAGCACCACAAAGACGUUCUGGAAAGUCGUUUUGAGAAAAUGAGGAAUCUAUUCCAUGAUAUGAGAACUCUUAUUGAUCAGAGUGGGUUUGCAUGGGAUGAAAUGCAACAGAUGGUGAUGGCUAGUGAUGAUAUCUGGGAUGCUUAUAUCAAGGAGCGUCCUGAUGCACAACCAUUCCGAAGUAGAACUCUCCCAAACUAUAAUGAUUUGUUUCUGAUAUAUGGAAAUACAAGCACUAAUGGAAGAAGUGACCAUGCAAGUCAUUGUACCAAUCUUGAUGAUGGUGCCCUAAAAGUAAACAUUUAUCAGGAAGAUGACCAAUCCUCUUCUGGUAGUGAUACUUCGAGCAUUGCUUGGACAAAGCCAAUGGACAGAUAUUUCAUUGACCUCAUGUUAGGACAGGUGUUUGAAGGGAAUAGAGUUGAAAAUACCUUCAAUAAGCAAGCUUGGGUCUGCAUGAUCACAUCAUUCAAUGAGAAAUUUGGACUUCAGUUUGACAAAUGUGUACUGGAAAAUCGGUACCUAAGAUUGAUGAAACAGUAUGACGACAUCAGCACUCUUCUCAACAAGAAUGGCUUUGCAUGGGACGAAAUAGAACAAAAAGUCACAGCUGACGAUGAUUAUUGGGAAGCUUAUAUUGAGGAACAUCCCGAUGCUGUAGCAUACAAAGAUAUAAUAUUGGAGAAUUACUGUGAUCUGAGCAUUAUUUUUGGAGAUGAGAUCCAUGAUGGAACGUCAAGUUAUCUGUGCCCAGAAAUGAAUAUUGAUGAUAAUGCCCUGGAAAUGGGGAUGGAUGGCAUAUUUGGAGCUCUGAAGUCCCCAGCUAUUGAUAAUGAAGUGUCUAAUGGGAGAAAAAGACGCCAAUCCACCACACCAUUAAGUUCAACACGUGGGAGAAAAAUUCAGAAAACCAGGGAGGAGUUGCAAGAAGCAGGUAGAAGUAAUACAGUGGACAGGAACUAUAGCUCAAUAGAAAGCAUUGUUGAUGCACUUCAAGCUGUACCUGACAUGGAUGAUGAACUCUUCUUGGAUGCUUGUGAUCUUUUGGAAGAUGAGAAUAAAGCGAAGGCGUUUGUGAAGAUGGACAUCCUGCAUCGAAAGAAGUGGUUGUCACGAAAUCUCCGUGCAUAAUUUAGGUUACUGUUUUUGGUUAUCUGAAGUGUAGAUAUGAUCAUAAUGUGUAUAUGAAGUAUUAAGACACAAUGUACAAGAGGAAACAGUUUUCAAUCAGCUUCCCAUUCCUUUCUAUCCUCUUCAAUAUCCACAGUUUCACUUGAUGUUCAAAUUGGUAGAAGAAGAAUGAGUUCACCUUCUUGUUGAUUCCUA